AUGUUCAUUCUCUCGCCACUAGGUGCUGUCCUUCUGGCAUCCGGUGUGGUCGCCACUUCUGCGCCCAUAGACGCAAUCAGGGACCGUAUCGCCCCGCUCCUCGCCCGUCCACACGACGAGCUCCUCGCGCUCGGCAGACACACCGUCGUCUACCCCUCCGCCGACCAGUACGGGUACUGGGUCGAGGGCCUGCCCGGCGCGGUGGUGAUUGACUGGUCGGGACCACUGUCAACAGAGGCGGUGGCGCGGUCACGCCCGGCCAUCGCGGACGUGCUGCUCAUGCACCCUCCUCCAUCGAGCGACUCCCAUCUGCAGCUCCCCGAACAGAGGAGGUUUGGAUACGCAUCGGCGCAGCUCGUGCAGCCUGGAGAGGUCUCCUUCCCAGCCCAUGUACCCCGCGAACCUGGAACCGGCUUUGUCGUCGUCCUCCUGAACUCGACCUGCGCAAUGGAGACUGUCGCCCCCAUCGAGUCCUGUGUCUGGGCCGUCUCGCCAGACCAGUUCGAAGUCAAGCCCUACGGCACGCGACUGGCUUACUACCGUGGCUGCAGCAACUCGGGGAAGCGGCGAGACGGGAGUGUGGGGUUUGACGUCUGGGUCGCGUUUGGGCUCACUGCUGUCCUGGGACUCGUCCUCAGCAUGGGUGUUGCGCUCGGCUGGGCCGUGGGGUGGGGUCGGUGGGCGAAGAAGGACGGCUUGCUCGAGGAGGAGUGGGAGGGGAACGGGUACGGCACAGUCACUGAGAGGCGUCUCGCCCGUCACCGCUUCGGCGCUGCUCACCGGCCUCCUGCCUCGCCUUGCCUCGUGCCAAGGCUCCUCCGACCGAGACACCCACCUCUCACUCCUCCACCGGCAUCCGACGGCGCGACCAUGCCUCUCCGCGACACCGUCGCGCGCAUGGGCGCUGCGACGGGAGACCGUCUCAGCAACCUCCUGCACACGCUCGUCUUCUCCCUCCCCACCCCCGACAACGUGACCGGCUCGGCGGCAAACGCAACCACCAAUGCAACGGGCACCCCGGUACCCACCGGUAUCAGUGUCAAGGAGCUCGACAGUGGUCUCGACCCGGGCGUGUCCCGUGCCCUCGCGACUGGGACUGUUGGGCCGCUCUCCUUUGUGGGGUCCGGCUAUGGCAUGAUGCUUGUUGUCAUGGCGAUCCUGCUCAACCGUAUCCACCACAUUGUUCAACGCCCACGUCCUCCACCUCCACCACUCCCUCACCCGCCGACGACAUGGUAUGGCGCAUGGAGGCUGCGUGUAGCACGCACGCUCGUGUCUCCCAACACGCCCCGCUGGCUGCGUGUGCCCGGUUUGCUGGGACUUGUGCGCGCCUGGGUCCUGUUCUCGGUCGUCACGCUCCAGACGGGCGAAAUGUGGCCGUUGGACGCAACUGCCUACCUCGACAAGGCCACACAGGGGUGGUACCUCCAGCCGACGGCUCACCUGCUUGGCACUGGCAUUGACCAUCUCGGGGUGUGGGCUGACAACAAGGAGAUGGGAGCUGUGUGCUGGAACACAUUCCUCAGCGUCUGUGCCGGCCUCGUUUGCGGAGCGCUCGCAAAUGGUCUCGACAGGGCACGCCGCCGCGACGUGGGUGCUGGGUUCAACCUCUUUGGCUUCUCCUUCCUCCUUCACCUCUACUCGUCACCUCUCACGCACAAGACACCGUCGUCCGCUGCCCACUAUGGACGCCCCGAUGUGCACGCGCUCUUCCACCUGUGGCUGGGCUUGACAGAGCUCACCUGGCUGCAAGCGAUCGAGCUCUCGCCGACUCUGCGCCGCAACCAGCUUCUCCCAACAGGUGCUUGCGGAGCGCUCGGCCUCAUCCACUUUGUGUUCACGCUCAUGACCUCGCCGCUCCGUUUCCCGAGCUUUACAUUCGUCACGCACCUUCUUGCGCUCCUCCUCUCGAUUAUCAUCAUCUGCACGAUCAUCCUCCGCGCGUUCACUCACCUCUUCACCCUCGGAUACAUUCCCUCGCCGGUCUGGAGCUCUCUCCUCCCUCACGAAGGCGCGAUUCCGUCGACAGAGGACGACGCCGGUGUGGCCCUCCUCAAGCUUGGCACGGCGUGCAUCGAAGCGACGUCGUACUCUGGCCUCCGCAACGAGCUCGCCCCCGUAGAGCAGUCUGAGCCCUGGGUCCAGCUAUCAGUCCAGGGCUGCGAGCAACUCAUGCGGCCCCAGCACCUUGCCUCUGGCGGUCUCGACACCCGCAUCGACAACAUCCAGGUCACCGAGCUCACCGACCCCAACGCCGAUUCACCAUUCACACGUGAACUGCACAACUUCCGCAAGGCUGUCACGGCGCUCAUCUCGGACGUCUUCUGGACCACAGUACUUGGGACUCCGAUCGGUCGCAAGGCAUACCUGCACGUGUGGCGCGCGUAUCACGCUCGUUGGUGGUACGGCCCGCGCCAGUGGCAGAUCUGGCGUCGCGCAGCCUGGGCUGCUCCUCACCGCAGGAGGCAGGCCCAGCCACCUUUCCUCACGCCUACAGCCAUCGCCGCCAUGGGGUGGUCGAGCGCCAUCCGUCCUGGAAGUAGCAUGUCUCGCCGGGCGCUCCCAGUUCGUAGCGGUACACAAACCCGCGCCGCUUCGGUCCCGGCCGACUACACGUAUGACCAGGUGCUCCGUGGCGAGGUCGUGCUCGAGGACGACGACGACGAGUACGAGUGGGAGAGCCACGCAUCGGGUUCUGAUGACGAGGAUGAUUUGGAAAUUGAGGAGCUCGACGAGCGUGAGCGUGGCCGCGACGGCAGCACAACUCCAUCGCCCCGCGACCGCCUUGUCACUCCCCAAGUCGACCCCGAGGCCGAGUUGGACGACACGGACCCUGUCGCGCUCCAGCCCAUCCUGCUCGCCCACAUGACGACUACCACUUCGUCGCCAAUGACACGCCGCCGCUACCAGGCCAUGAUGUCGUCUCACAAUGGGACUGGUGACGCGUUCCAGGACAUGGUUCUGCGUCGCCGUAACGAACUGGUGGGCGGCACUGCCACCCAGCCUCACAACGAGUGGGAUGAGGAGCGCCGCCGCUCAUGUGUGGUGUGCAUGGUCCAGACUCGCGACAUUAUCCUCUGGCCCUGCCGCUGCAUGCUCAUGUGCAACGAUUGCCGCGAGAGUCUUGCUGCGCGUUUGACGUCCAAGGAGCAGGCGUGCCCCAACUGUCGCACCAAGGUGGAAGGGUACAGCAGGGUCUACCUGCCGUAG